CAUCUCACUUUUGAGAGCAGGCUCUUGAAGAAGAAAUACUCUGUGUGGACAAUUGCUUUAAGGAACUUUGAGGUGGUGGGAAAAAUGCCAAAAGAAUACGUGGAUGAGUAUGAGCCUCUGCUCAUAAAGGGCAUUAAAGACAAAAGGCGUUUAAAGCUUCCAAACAUAUCGCUGCUGUUGGCUGUGUUUGCUGCUUGUGUUGGAGGAACGUUUCAGUAUGGAUACAAUAUAUCUGUCAUCAACGCACCCACAAUGUAUGUACAAAACUUCAUUAACCAGACUUGGAUGCAACGCUACCAAACCAACAUAUCGCAGGAUGGACUCACGCUGCUCUGGUCCACCAUAGUGUCCAUGUUCACCUUAGGAGGACUCAUAGGGGCAUCAAUAGGAGGGACUUUGUCUGUGAAGCUGGGGAGGAGAGGAACGCUGAUUGCCAAUAACGCCUUCUCACUGAUGGCUGCUCUGCUGAUGGGUUUGAGCUCCACUGCAGGCUCAUUUGAGCUGCUCAUCAUUGGACGCCUCCUCAUCGGAAUGAAUGCAGGCAUCGCCCUGUGCGUUCAACCACUUUACCUGGGGGAAAUAGCUCCGACUGCGUUACGAGGAGCCAUGGGAACGGGAACUUCAGUUUUCAUCACCGGUGGAAUCUUAACAGGACAAGUUAUGGGCCUUAAAGAAAUCCUGGGCAGAGAAGAGUACUGGCCCAUCCUGCUCUCCACAACCUGCAUACCCGCCUUCCUGCAGCUCCUGAUUCUGCCCUGGUUCCCAGAGAGUCCGCGAUACCUUCUCAUCGAUAAAGGAGAUGAGGAGGGAUGUAAAAAAGCCUUGAGGCAGCUGCAUGGUUUAGCCGACUGUGAUCGCGCUUUGGAGGAUAUCGAGAAAGAGAAGAAUAAUUUGGUGGGUUUCCAGGCCAAGAAACCCUGGGAGGUCUUCACUGACCGCAGUCUACGCUGGCAACUUCUCACUAUCAUCCUGCUUAACAUUGCUCAGCAGCUGAAUGGCAUUAAUGCUAUUUACUUUUAUGCUGAUUACGUUUUCCGACAAUGUGGUAUUCCUAUGGACAAAAUACCAUAUGCAACUGUCGGCACUGGUGCCUGUGAAUGCAUCACGGCUUUAACAUGUGGUAUGCUUAUUGAAUGUCUGGGAAGGAAAGUCCUCAUCAUGGGGGGAUACAUACUGAUGAGUAUCUGCUGUGUUUUCUUCACACUGACGCUCACUUUCCAGGGUGUCAGCCCAGUGUUCCCAUACUUGAGCAUGGCGUGUGUUUUUGCUUUCAUCUUGAGUUUUGGUUUAGGUCCAGGUGGUGUGACUAACAUCCUAACCACUGAGCUGUUCACCCAGACUGCUCGCCCCGCUGCCUUCAUGAUUGCAGGCUCAGUGAACUGGCUCAGCUUCUUCUUCAUCAGCAUGGUCUUUCCCUUCAUUGUGAUUGGGCUACAGCAGUACUGUUUCCUGGUCUUCCUGGUGGUCUGCUCCUUAGUGGCCACCUACAUUUUCUUUUUUAUUCCCGAAACAAAGAACAAAACCUUUGUGGAAAUCCAGAAUGAGUUCCAGUCAUCCAACAAGAAUAAGUUCUCCAGUUCAGAUGGAGCAGGGACUAUACUCUUAUCAACAUCCAUUUAAAAUGUUCCUGAGACAAACACAUCACUAAAUAAUAAGUAUUCACUCCCACACAUGAGAUAUUUUUUUAAAAUAUUGCACACUGUAGUACAUAUCUACAAACAGAAAUUUAGAUGACUUCGUUCCAUAUCCCUGUAUUAAAAAUGAUGGUUUUUACUACCUGUAUAAAGGGUGCUCUACUUGAAAUUUAAAUAAAGUUCAGCUAAUGACAAAUUA